AUGGCCAAGGACUUAAAGAGUCUGGUGGGCGGGGGAAGUGCCCGGGAGAUGCACGAGAAGCUGGAGAGCUGGCAGCAGAACUACGAGGUGAGUCCUGUCGCUCCUCGGGGCCGGAGGCGCCCGCUCGGCGUUGCACAGGCCGAUUUCUGUACCUUCCGGAUGCAGAUAGUUGGUCAUGAGCCUGUAACCACUUACUGUCUGCUGUGGUUGGAUUCAACUGAAGGAGAGCUACAGCUGAGAGAUUUGGCCUGCAAACCAAAAUGUGAACUUCAAGACCUGGAGGACAAACUAAAUGAAACUCGUGUGCAGAUCAACCAGAUGGAACGAGAUCUGAAGGCUUCCCGUGCCGAACAGUGCAGCUUAAGGAGGUUACAGCAACUGGAUAACUAUGAGCAGAAGAUUGAAAAAUUGCGGGAUGAGAUUGCUAUGCUGGAUUGCAAAAAGUCUUUUAUCCAGAGCAGGGCCUGCUCUCCUCCAUGCCGUCCGAGGGCCUGCUCUCCACCGUGCCGUCUGAGGGCCUGCUCUCCUCCAUGCCGUCUGAGGGCCUGCUCUCCUCCACCGUGCCGUCUGAGGGCCUGCUCUCCACCGUGCCGUCUGAGGGCCUGCUCUCCUCCAUGCCGUCUGAGGGCCUGCUCUCCUCCACCGUGCCGUGUGAGGAGCUGCUCUCCACCGUGUCGUCUGAGACCCUGUGUCUCUCCAUGCCGUCUGAGGCCCUGUGUCUCUCCAUGCCGUCUGAGGCCCUGUGUCUCUCCAUGCCGUCUGAGGCCCUGCUCUCCUCCACCGUGCCGUCUGAGGCCCUGUGUCCGUCCUCCCAAGUGCCGUGCCCUUUGCGUGAGGCCCUGCUCACCUCCCCGGCUCCGGCGGGGCAGCGCUUCACACCGUGCCUGCCUCAUAGCUCGCUAUAACUUCAUUUAUGCUAAAGAACGCUUGGAGGCAGAGGCCACCUUGAAGCAAUACUUCUGUGACUUGGAGACCAUACAUAGGAUAUUAUACAUUGCAGCUGUGGAAUCUUUCCGUUCGGCAAAGAUGGCCUUCUGGAAGGUCAGAAUAAAUGUAAAAGACACUUUGGCUGUAUGUCACAGAGGGGGACCUUCGUCACUUGAAAUUGCUGUCCUGGAUUAUAUAGCUUGCCACAAGGAUCUGUAUGAUGUUUGUUGCAGUGUCCAUGAAGUAGUUUGCACCAUGAACAAGAACCCAAAGUUUCUAUGUCCAGGACAAGUUGAUUUCAUUGUGAUCAGCCCUUUGAUUCGAGAGUUGUGCUGUUUGGCUUUUUCAAUGCAGACACUCAUUCCUCCUCUUGAUGUUGCCUUUGGUAUUGAUGGAGAAUGCUUCAAUAGGAACAUGUACUAUCGUAGCUUUGACUCAGAUUUCACAGCUCCCUUUGUGGCCUAUCACGUGUGGCCUCCUCUGAUAGAAGAUGGUACUGUAAUUGUGAAGGGAGAGGUAGUCACAAAAAAAUUUACGUGUCCUCGCAGAUGCAGACUUAGAAGCAGAAGCUGCAGCUGUGGCCGUCCUCUGCUGUGUGGUCAAGUGCCUCGAAGCCGCAGUCUUUCAACAGUGAGGGUCAAAAGGCGCUGCUAACUGAACAUCCUCCUGCAGUGCAGUACAUCUGGAUUCAACAACUUUGCUGGUGCCAUUUCUUUUCAGAAAUACUUAAAUCUCUCAAUAAUGCAAAUGGCAAUUGUCACUCCAAAU